UCACACGAUUUCCCACGUGUAUUUUUUUUUCUUAACUUCAGUCAAGUCGUACUUGGUAGGGAGGUGUUUAUAGACGGAGAUAUUACAUUUACGUAGAUUUUAAAAAUAUAAGCGCAAUGCCUAAAAAACGUAAAUCGGCGCAAUCUGAAGUUACCGAUUUGGAGAGCAAAAAACUAAAAAUCGUGGACACCGAGUUUAAUGGAACUCAUUUUAAAUCAAUGCUAAAAGAGGAUGGGCAAGCAGUUAAAGGAUUGGAGACAUUUAUUUCAAUUGUUCAGAAGUUGCCAUCACCUGAAAUUUAUGAUGUUGUAGAAGGUUAUAUAAAGAUAUCCAUGGAGUGUUCAGAGAUCUUCAGGUUAAUGGAAGGAAAGCAAAAUGAGGAAAGUGAGAUGAUUUUGAUAUUUAUGACUUUGGAAGCAAUUUUACUCCGUACAGCAAGUGAUUUGUCACAUUUCAGCAUGGUUGGCGCAGCCAUCGUGAAAAAAUUGCUCACAUGCCACAUGAAACAUAUAUACUCGGCACUGUACUCUGAAAAUAACAGGUAUAUUCAAACAUCCUUAAACCUUUUGGCUGCAAUGGUAUCACAAGGUCCAGAAUCUGCUCAACAAGUUUUCAGCCAUAUUGAAUUUAAAAAGAAUCUUUCUGGACUUGCAAGAAAACGAGACAAAAAGGGAAAAACAGAUGUCCGAGUUGCAUAUAUUCAGUUUGCUCUUUCAUUUCUGAUUUCUGGUGACAGCAAUGUUAUAAAACAAGUUCUGGAUCUCAAGGAUUUCUUACCUGAUAUUCUGAGUACUGGACUAAUGGAAGAUCGAUUGUCAACUGUUAAACUUCUUAUAUCUACACUACAGAAAAAGGUGGUUCAUUCAAAAUCUAUCACUAAAACACAGAAGGUGCAUUUUUUUAAUAAUGUUGUUUUAAACCACAUUGCAUCAUUGUACAGAUGGGAUGGAAUUAUUGAUGUCAUGUUAGAUGAAAUAAAGGCUAUUGAACUUACAGAAGAAGUUGCAAGAACUUUGGUGCGAGAGUUAACUCACAGCUUUCUCUUGGAUAUCUGUUGCUCACUGAAACAUGGCAUCAGUUUUUAUGACCCUAGUUUUGGCAUAACUGGGAGGUCUGGAAAUAUUGUUCUUUUGAGGUUUAUUGUUGGACUAAGAACAGCAACACAAGAUGAAAUGAUAGGAGAACUUGUGGUGAAUAUUCUCAAAGUGUGUCCUGAUUUGCUACAGAGAUACUUCAAAGAAACCCAGUUCUCCUUUGUACCUCGGCAAACAUCUACAUGGCUUGACAACAUGAAGCUUCUUCGUAAGAUUUUUGAAGCACAACCAGAAAUUUCAAAGUCGUUCAGUUCUUCAGAAUUUAUUCCACUGCCUCGUCUUUUACAAAUGGUAUUGGUGACCACAAUGCCUUCAGUGUGCAGCAAAGCUAUGUUUACCCAGGGACUUAAUCUUGAUGACAAAAUAGUGAAGCACACAACCUUAUCUUUUAUUGCAUUUUUGCUACGGAGAGCUGAGAAGAAUAUUGAUUACUGCCUCAGUGAGGAGUUUUGUUCCAGGUCAGAUCACUAUUGCAAGCGUGUGAUGGAGGAUUUUGUGCAAAAUUAUCGAGAAGCUCUCUGUAAGAUGUUUCCUGACAUAACUAAUAUAGUUGCUAUAUGGCAAUCAUUAACUAAGAAAGAACAAAAUGAAAACCAGACAACAGAACAAGGAAGUCAAUACAAAUCUUCUUUAAAUGGUAAAGGAGCUGAAUUCAAGGAGUAUGACUUGAGCAAUUCAGGUGUCAUUCUCUUGAAAGCUGUGAUACUUCAAGUUCUGUGCCUCUAUCAAAAAGUAAUUCCCUAUGUGAUAACCCAAAGUACUUUUGACUACAGCAAAAUGCUGAAUGGCAUUUUUACUGAAAAUAUCAGGAGAUAUGUAGUACCUCCUGUUCUUCAGCACCAGAUGCUCAAGUUGUGUUUGGAUCUUCCUGCCAACAAGUUUUCUUGGUUCCAGGACAUACGAGAAGCAGAAAAACGCAAUUGUGCAAAAUCAGUAUUUUAUUUGUUGUUGAAAAUGUUUGUGACUACCACAAAUGAACAACUGAAGUUAUCAACAAAACAGCUAAUUAUUAAGGUGUUAAAGGAAACUGGUGUUUUUGAACAUACCUGGAAGGAGUUGGAAAUUUGGCUGAAACACCUUUUGAUUAUUUCUGAGGCUGAGCAAGAGACUGUAGUUCAAUUUUUGGAAAGAAUUUUGGUGAAGCUUGUAUCCAACCCCUGGCCCUAUACAGACAUUGAAGCAGCCCUUGUUCAGGAAGCUAUUUCAUAUCAAACUAUUUUAACAAGACAAGAAGCUGACACUUCAUGUUUACCUGUAUUUCAGAGUAUUGAGGGUGUUGAUGUUGUUGAAGAAUGUAAAGGAUUGGAAGAGGAAUUUGGAGCCCCAAUUACUGAUGAAAUGAUCCAACAGAUAUUUCCUUUCAGUGCUGCUGUUCUUGCAGCACUGGAAGCAAGGAAUAAAUUAUUACAGGAGUCUUUUGAUGGAAAUGAUGUUGUUCAGAGAUACGUAGUUUGGGUGCUAUCAGAUAUCUUGCACACACAGAGAGAUCCUGCUGCACUUUGUUUAGCAUUCCAAAUGUAUGACAAAGAAUUAACUCCAAUCAAGGCAAUCACUGAAAACACAUCAGUGGCUCAUUUUUUUCACUAUUACAGGAAAUGGAUUCCCCCGCAAGCAGUAGAAACACUUUUUGGUGAAACUGGAUCCACCCUUGAAAGUGUUCAACAUCAUGCCUCAUUCUCUAGCCUGUUGAAGGAAUCUUUUGUUAAACAUGCAAAUCAUCCUCAGCGAUGUGAUUUGGAGGUUGCAUUAAGGCAGACCAUUUCAGAACUUCAACAAAGUGAAUUUUUACUGGCCGUUAAACAUCUCAUGCUUUAUAUAAAAACAUGUGUGGAUGACUACACUAAAUUUAUGAGAAGUGAUGAUAUUACUUUGUUGAAAUUCUACAUGAAGUUGCUGGAGAAGUUAGUGUCCAGGCCAUGUAAUUUAGAGGAAUCAAAACUAAACCGACCUACUGAUAUUAACGUCAAUGAUGUAAACAGUUUCUUUUUGGAGAAUGAAUGUGUUAUCCAGGAUAAUACGGAAGACCAGGUGGCUAUAAAUGUGCUGGAAGACAUUUUUAAACAUCCUGUUCUGGAGCAGUGGUUUUUGGCUCGAGAUGUGCAAACCUUCUCACACAUCAGUCUGAAAGAUGACAGCUUCAAAGUGAUUGGAACAGAAAUGAACAGUGGCAUCCUGAACUUACUAAAACUUGGAGCGCCUAAGUUGAAAAAACUAGAUUGUCUUCGAUUAAUUUCGAAAUUUAUGAAUACAAUAGCAAAUAGUGUCUUACAUGAAAUUAAACAUAUAAAGAAGAAUUGUUCACAGGAAACGGAGAAAACAUUUUCACUGCAAGCUCUCGAGGAACUCCAUACUUUUAUGGAUGUUAUUGAACUUAGAAAACUUGUUUCUGCAUUAUUGAACCUUCCAAAAAAACUUUUGACUAUUAACUGUGAAAAUGAUAAAAAAACAGGAACCAUUAAGAAACUUGGCACACUUGGUCAUACAUUAGUUCUGAUUUUAAGAGAAAAUAACAUGCAGACAAAUGACAAAGAAAACCUGGUUUUAUCCAUCGAACAUUUAAGAGAUGUUGGAAAUUUGAUGCUAUCUGGUGCUAGUGAGGAUUUGGAAAAGGUUAUACUUCAUACCUUACAGAAAGAGCCUCUCUUUGCUCAGUUUAUUCAAACAGAAGUGCUAGUUUUUUGCCUUAAACGGAUGACAAAUAUAUGUCUGUCAAUUGCAGCUUUCCUAAUUCAGCAUUGCAGUGUUCAUCUUUUACAGUUUGAGCUGUGGUGCUUGGAACCUCAAAGCAAGAAAGUCCUUAAAAUGAAUGGUGAUAUAUUUCUGUCGCUUAUCAAUGGAUAUCUAAAGCAUCUAAACCAAGAAGUUAAUAUUCAGUUGCAAUCUUUAUCUUCAUUGGUGCUAGCUAAUCUUAAAGAAGCUUUCCUGGAAAGACUGUUAUCCACUGCUUUGUCCGACAUUGCACCAAAGAAACUGGCAUUAAAAUUUGAGAUCCUCUGUAGUUUAAUACGACUGUCACUCUCUUCUGAUGAUUUAACUGAUGUAAUCAGUCAUUUACCCCGGUUGUUGGAAAGAAUUGAAAAUUAUCAAACAUGGAAAUUAGUAGAUUGUGUUACUAAUAAAUUCGAUGGCAUUCAAGAUGAGCAAUCUAACUGGAAAAAGACAUUGUUGAUGGCAUCUCUCAGAUGGCUCACGUCCUCUUAUGCUACUAACAAAGAAUCAGAUGAGUCCAUGAAGGAGAAAGAACUGACCAUUUUAAAUAAGUUGAAAGAAUUAAUUGUGGUUUCUUCUAAUGGAAUUGAUGCAGUAGAAUGGAAUUCAUUUAUCAAAUUGGGACUGAAGAACCGCUAUAGAGAAACUGCCUUCCUGGAAGCUCUGAACUUCAUGCUUGCUAAGCUGUAUAAUGAUGACAAUAUACCAGAAAAGUUUCUGCCAUUACCUAUGAUACAUAUGAUGAUAAUAAGUCAUUCUCUGUUCCUUCCAACAAUAUUGAAUGAAAAAGUUGAAAACAGUUGGGAUCUUCUUGCAAAAGAGUCAAUCAUAGACAUCUUGCUAACUGUCGUAAGGAGGUGUGGUCAUGUCUGUGAGAUGAGUCACAUUGCUGUUAUUCUGGGAGCUUAUGGAGCAAGUUUAAGUAGACAAGACCAGAAAUUGCUACUUUUGCUUCGUUGUUACGAACAGAAUGGUGUUAGUCUAGCAGAAUUUGGAGUUUUACUUUGGGGUCCAGCCGCAGUUGAGUUUCAGAAAGCAAGGAAGAGCUUGGGGAAGUCCAUUUGGCAGCAACCUAGUACAGAUCAGAUUCUGACUUUACUGGAUAAGGACAAAAUGCAUCAAACUCUGUUGAACUUUCCACAGUAUCGUCAUAUCUUACCUCAGAGUGGGAAGGACGAGAUUUUUAAAGAUGACAAUAUAAAGGACUUGGAUAGCCUGUAUGAUCCUUGUUUUCUGUUGCCUGUCUUCAGUACAAUAGUUAAAUCAGACUCUGUGAUUGACUGUCAGAAGUUUGUCUACAUUAAUGCUUUGGGUGUUACAAUAGCAGCACUUAGCAGCUAUGAUGCCAAUGUAAGAGCUGCAGCUUAUUAUGUGUUGGGUUCUUUUUAUCUUCAAGUGGAAGCAGCCUUUUUUAAAGAAAAACGACAGUUACUUUGCCUACUGGAUGCUUUUAAAAAUGGAAUUCGACAAAAGAACUCCUGUGUACCAUUUUCCUUGGCAGUUUACAUUGCCAAAACUGCCCAGCAAAUUUUUAAGCCAGGCGAAUACAUGUAUCUUGCAAUCAACAAAUUUCUGCUAUCUCAUCAAUACCUUGAUAUUAAAAAAGUCCCCGGAUUUUUUAAGAUGUUUUACAACUCUGAUUUAGAGCACAGGAUGGAACGUGAGUGGAUUCUGAACUUGUUAGCUGAAGGAAUGAAAGACAGAUACAGCUAUGAGAUAUACAGUUCUCAGAGAAUUUUCCAAGUUCUUUUAGCGUUCUUCAGCUGUCCUCUUUCUGAUGAAUCGGCCAAGAAUCAAAUUCUGGAUAUUCUGAUGAAUGCUGCACAGGUAACUAAAGCUGCCUAUGAACUUAUCAGAGAUCAUGGAAUUUUAGGCUGGAUACUGAGCAUUCUUCAGCAAAGAUAUUUAGAAGACAAGUCACUGUCAAAAAUCAUAUCCCUGGUGCAUUCCCUUUGGAUAACAAACUUGUCAAAUAAGGAGAAGGAUGAAGAUUGUAGACUUGACCCAAAAUCAAAAAAGUUUCUUCCCUUAUCUAUGGUCAAUGAGUUUUGGAAUCUUUUAACUAUUAUCUUACGGCAUAUUCGAAAAAGCCUUGAACUGUCAAAGAUAUGCCUGUUGUUUAAGACCAUCAAGUCAGUUUUAAAGCAUCACACGUCUAUUCUCAGAAGUUAUCAGGAAAACAAAAAGAUUGUUUUAACAGAGAAAGCAUUGUCAUGUACUGAAGCCCUUAUCUUAUUGUAUAAAUGGAGUUUUGUAACCAAAAAUGAUCACUUACUGGCUGAAGUGCAAGAUGUUGCUCAGAAGCACAAUGUAAAAGAAAUCCUGAUAAAAGAAAAUUUUCAAAAGAAAGAUCACACUCAAGCAGAUGCAAAUAAUACUACAGAAGACACCACAGAGGACACUGCACAGAUAGACUGUUUAAAUGAAUGCGAAGAAAACCUCAGAAGCAUAUUAACUAAAUGGGAGCCCUGUAUUUCACCAUGUCAUCCUUACAACUCUCCUGGUGAACUGUCUGACAUACACAGACAACUUGAUCAUGCAUCUGCAUGUUUGAUAGUGAAAUGGGAACUGAAGUCCUUUGGUGGUUGCCAAACAUGCCCAAAUGAUUUACUAAUAUUUUUAGAGUGGUUACAAAAAAAAAUUUUAACCCACCAUGUAGUUAUUAAUGAACUUCUUCAAGACAGCUUGGUGAAGCUCAGUUUUCUCCAGCUUUAUCACAGAGUGAAUGGUCUUAGAUGGAAAGUAGAUGAAGUAGAUGGAAAAAAUACCAUGGUGCUUCAGAUAUUCACUUCUGUAAUGAUACAGUUACUGGAGGCUCAGAAUUCACUUGACAUGAAAAUUCACAAUACUGUCAUGAAGUUUUGCUUACAAGAUGAGACUGAAGAAAACAACUUGAACAGAGCUGGAUGUUUGACACUGCUUUCAUUAUACAUUCAUGUUAUGUGGUUUGCAGCAAAACAUCAUGACAUCUUCCUGAACUAUAUUACAUUAUUAAUGGAAGCAGCUGAAAAGAUUCCUAAAAAGAAGAAAGAUAAAACACCUGGGGAUUUCUUCUCAGUCUGUAAAGAGUUGUCUUCAGUUCUGAACAAAUGCUAAAUGGAAUGAAACAAAUGACUUAAUGUGUAACUGUAAAUUAUUUAAAUUCUGUGGACAUUUAUCAGGUUUGCUACAGUACAUUAACUGUGACUUCCAGUAUGUAUUUGCACAGGUUAAUGUUUAUCUUUCUGUCAGUGUGAAAUCUGAAUUAGUAUUACAGAUGUUAUAAGCAAUCAACAACAAACAACCCUAGGGAAAUAACAAUAAAUUAAGCCUGAUCUGUAUACUGUUAAAUUAUGAAGCAGCUCCCAUUUUUUUUACUGUCAUCUAGAUUAGCAGGCUUAAGGUGCUAAAUUAUUAGAAUUCACACGCUGAAAGCCAAAUAGUUACAUUAUUAAAAGAAAUUCUAAUACACAGGAAUCACAGUCUGUAAGCUAAAUUUUCUAUGCAUAUAUUACACACUCCCCCUCCAUAUGCUUUAUAAUUACACUUUUAUAACAGUGUGCUGUUGUCUUUUCAUUGGAUCAAAAUAGUUGAUGCUGAAGAAAACUAGAAAAGAUACAGAAACCUGAAUGAACAUCAGAUUGACAGAGGAUUCUGUACACACACACACGUACUUCAAAUAGGAACUUGGCACCCAGAAAAAACAGCUCAUCAAGAGAAGUUUUGUUGAAGGCUUUUAGACUUAUUGCAAGUCUUUUUAAGAAACAUUCCCAAUAAUUUUAGGUGAAAACUGUAGGUUGGAACUUCAUCCAUGGGAAAAUGUUCAUUGACAUAAUGUAAAUAAUUAGGAAGUACAAAAAAAUGUCAUUUUAAAAUGCUAAAAAAUAAUUGAAAAAAAUAAGUUUUUUAUGUUUAAUUACCUGUGGUGGGUUGGCACCCUGCCCGGGAUUGGUUCUUGCCUUGUGCCCUGUGUUGGCUGGGAUUGGCUCCAGCAGACCCCCGUGACCCUGUGUUCGGAUUCAGCGGGUUGGAAAAUGGAUGGAUGGAUGUUUAAUUACUGCCUUAAACUCACUUAAGAACACCAAACAUCAGAGAAAACAUAGAAGUAGAAAAGAGUUGAUAAUUACGUUGUUUUUUUAACUUUUUAAUUUAAUCACUAUUUGAGUAAAGUUUGGCCUUUAGCAUAUGCAUCUGUUUCUUUGACUGCAUUUGACCUGACUUCCAAAGCUUUUUGCCUUAUUUUGUAAGUGCUGUAGUGCUGAUUGGUGAGUAAUAAAAUGGUUGUUUAUAAAUUUGCAUGAAGUGAAACUCAGUAGGUUCAGUGGAAAAAAAGCCAUUGCUUAGUAUAGAUACUAAAUAUCUUUGGUUGUUUGUAAGAUAAUGUUCUACAAAAAGGUAUUCUGUAUUAUUUUUAUAUAGAAAAGUAUAAAAUGUAACUACGACAAGUGAUAACUCAUUAUCUUUUAAUGAAACUUACACUACAAACCAUAAAUAGUCUUUGUCUUUUACGGCAGUAGUGAUAAUAUCAGCCAAGCUGUCAAAUACUCAGUGUAAUGUUCCUAUCAGAAUAAAAUGUGCUUCUCAUUUGUUCUAAUCAGUGGCAUGUAAAAAUCCACAUUCCAGUGUAACUUGCUCAUAGUCAUUUGCAAAACUUAGAACUUGCAAAAACCUUCCACCAGAGGUGAUGCUCGGUGCCAAAGUACAGAUAACUGAUAAUCUUUACAGUACAGCUAAGAAGAUUACACAAUAUUGUAUAGAAAAGUAUAGAAAAUAUAGACAGUUUGUAUCAGAGUUUAAGCUGUGUCCCCAUCUUCCAAAAGAAAGAGAUGUAGCUUUCAUUUUGUUUGCUGAAGGUAUUGGUUAAUUUUCAUUUUAAUCAUUUCAAAGUUUUAUAAAAAAAAAUGUAAAAGUAAUAUAAACUUAUUAGGCAUUCAAAUGUUACUUUCAAGUCCUGUUGUGGCUGCAACGAUAAGUGGAAAGUGCAUGUUCCAUUCAAUUACAUAAUUUUGUGUUGAUGUCUGUCUUGUUGUCAUUAUUAAUUUCAGAAUAUAGUUGUUUCUGGGAUGAAAGGACUUUUGGGAUAAAGAACAGUCAGAUAUAAGUAACACUUUGUCAAGUGCCCAAUCUUAUUUAUAUCUGCCUGCUCUUUCUCUCAAAAGUUGCAUAAUUUAUGGAUACCCAAAGUGGAACCAUCAAUGCAGACUUGGAAAAUACUUUUGGGUUAUACAUUGAUAAGGAAAUUCAAAUGCCAAUAAAAAGUGUUGUGUAAAGGAAGUCUAAGGCACAAAUACCCUAACCUGCAUGUGGCCACCUGAUUGUCAUCCAUCAAUGUGCAGUUUCUUUUGAGCAUGCAAUAGUCACAUAAGUGGAAUUGCACCUUGAAUUUUGUUGAAAAUAUUAAGUUUUUUUUCAUGAUCAGCUCUGCAGCUAACCACCAAAACCCAGCCAAUAUAGUCAUGCUGGUUUGGCUGAAUAUGAAAAGUCCAGUGCUUCCUUUGUCUGCUACUACUUAAUUACAUUUUUUUAUUUUUCUCUCUGUAAUGUAUUGCUGUUUUAUAUUGAAUAUGUAUUCUGUUGUGCUGCAAUUCAACAAACUCGGUGUGAUAGAAUUUGCUUAGGCAAUACUUCAUAUUGACCAGGGUCAAUAAAGGUAAAUGACAUUGGAAUGUCAGAAAUCUACAAGGUGUCUGUAAUUUUUCUUCCAUGUCCAAGUGUUUAUUGCUACACUUGUAAGUGCCCCUGUCUCACUUUUGUAAUAUAUUCAUGGUUUGGAGGUCACUUUUUUAAGUUGUGGCAAAUUAAUUUUAGCAAGAGUACAAUUUUUAAUGUAACACUAAGGUGGUUUUGUAUACUUUCCUGUGUUUUUAUCUUUUUUGUCAUAAUUAGCCAAUCGGUUUGAAAAAAUUAGCCAUCAAAGUAUUUAAAUUCUCUUUAGAACCUGGCUCGCCCUAUUUAGUGCAUUGGCUUUUUGUUACUUUCCUUUGUGAGUUCUGUUCCUUGAGGCAUACGGUGAAUUACACCAACACAAAUACAGAAAUACUAAGUGACCUAUGAAAUAGUGUAACAUCAGGAGCACCUUCACUUUAGACUUCUGAGCUGCUCCAGUAUGUAGCUGCUCUCUAAAGCUAGCUUCUGUUUAUAUUUAAAGCCUACUAUU